UCAGCAGCAGGCCAUGAACGCAGAUUGCCACAUCAGCCACGUGCCACCUCAGCGUGCCACGUCAGCCGAGUGCCCAGUCAGCAGCGGCCACCUCAGCAGUGCCACAUCAGCAGGUGCCACCUCAGCGGUGACACAUCAGCAGCAGACGAAGGCCAAAGUACUUGAUGCGCCGCAGCCAACGACUGGCCGAGCGCGGAUCCGCAGGAGCCAAGCCUCAACAGGGACCUAGGACCCCUCGGAUUCCGCGCAGGCCAUGCACGACCAUGGCUGCUACCGCUGACGAGAAUGCACAAGCCAGCCCCAAGAGGCCGGUUACCCCUCCUAUCCCAGUUCAGCAGGCCGAUGAACCGCUUCUAGCGUUUCUCAAACGGCUCCAGCUCUACUCGGAGACCACGGCAGCUGAACUCAGCAAGUGGGAAGAGGAGGAAGCCCCCCGCCAGCAGGAAAUUCAAUGCCAGCUGGCAGAGGUAGAGGCAGCACGUCAGCAGGCCACAGCAGCCGCACGGUUGCAACAGCAGCAGGUCCAAGCAAGUCAACACCAAGCUCGUUACCAAGCCACGAUGGACCUUGCACGCGACGAAGCCACGUACAGCAGGCUACUUCGACGACAGCAUUUCCACGAAACCGAAGAACGACAAGAGCCGACCGAGGAAGAAAGUAACAAGGAAGGUACAGCAGUACUGAUGGAGAAUCUGCUGUACACGUGCAAUUGGCAGCAACGUGAACUGCUGGCCAUGCGGCAGGUCUUCAUCCGCCAUGAAACAACAUUCAAGGCAUUGGACAAGAAGAUCGCUACCCUGCAGGCCGAGAUCGGCACACUACACGCCGCCAACAGCCAGCAGCAGACACUCAACGACCAGUUGCAGACCGAUGUCAGCAUGGGGUUGGCACAACUGUCGGCAGCUGCGUCAACGGGCAGUGCAGUGGUAGAUUGCAGCCCAGCUUUGGCCGCGCAGGCCAAGCAACUCGAAGAGCGGAUCAACCACAUGGUCGCAUCCCUCGGCGACAUCAGCAAGUUUGCUGAAGCAUCGACAGCCAGCAAUCAGCUGCAGACGCUCAGCGGCCGCAUCGAACAACGACCGGCCGCUGCCGCCAAGGAAUGGAAGAUGCCGAACUUCAAGAUCGAGAAGUUCGAUGACUAUCACAAGACCGAUCUGCUGCAAUGGUGGAUGGCUUUCAACGCAGAGGCGGAUGUACAUCACACCCCCGCACAUCGGCGGCUUGAUGCACUCUACCUCCAACUCAUCGGAGGGGCGCAGGCUUUCAUGACACACAUGGCUGUCACGUUGGAAUGCACCAUCGCCAACCUCCACACGAAGAUUACAUGGGAGGAAUUCGAGAAGAAAUGGAAGACCCGGUUUAUGGUCAACAAUGACAAACGACAUGCCAUGAACAAGAUCUUCCGCAUAUACCAAAGCCAACAAACAUCACGGGAAUGGCUGACGGAGUGGCAAAGACUCGUCGCCACCCCGGAGUUGAGCUUGCCAUUCGACGCAAUCCGGGCCGAAUUUUUCGCUCGGUCAUGCGACGCCUUGACAGCUGUUUUGGGCAGCGAAUUCCAGUAUGAGACCUUUGAUGAUAUGAUAUCAAAGGCAAGAGAGCUCAUACAAGCAUGCGAGGCCGUGUCUUUCGACAUAUUGGACACCAAGUUCGAUAUAAUCCUAGGCAUGUCGUGGCUGCAAAGCGAAGACCAUCCGGUGAACUUCCAUCGACGCACCGUUCACGUUCGUGAUCGGCGUGGCGAACUAGUCCCGUGUACGGUGCCGCUUCCUCAUCCUUCGAUUGGUUGUCACGUGGUCUCCGCGGCGAGCAUUCGCCAAUCCAUCCGGCGGAACGACAUCGAGGAGAUGGGCAUAUGUUUUCUUCACGCCCUCCCAUCCGGUGAUCAGCCCAAGACGGAUACGUCGGACCCACGCAUCAUUGAGUUGUUGAACAGCUAUGAGGAUGUCUUCCAAGCUCCCGCCGGAGUCAUACCGGAUCGGCCCAUACGCCACGGGAUCACUCUCGAGGACGGCGUCGUACCUCCGCGUGGAUGUAUCUACCACAUGAGCGAAGAGGAACUUCAAGUGCUUCGGGCACAACUAGACGACCUCUUAGCCAAGGGCUGGAUACGCCCGAGCUGUUCGCCAUACGGUGCCCCCGUUCUCUUCGUCCGGAAGAAGAACAAGGACCUUCGUUUGUGCAUCGACUAUCGGAAACUUAACGUGCAAACGAUCAAGAACGUCGGCCCUCUCCCUCGGAUCGAUGAUCUUCUCGAGCGACUAGGCGGCGCCAAGUACUUCUCAAAGCUUGACCUCAAGUCCGGAUACCACCAGAUCGAGAUCCAGCCAAGAGAUCGGUACAAAACCGCAUUCAAGACGCGGUAUGGGCACUUUGAGUGGAUCGUCAUGCCUUUCGGUCUCACCAAUGCCCCGACUACUUUCCAAGCGGCUAUGAUGACGGAAUUCCGCGACUUGCUCGACCACACCCUACUCAUUUACCUUGAUGAUAUCUUGGUUUAUAGUCGGACGCUGGACGAGCACCUUCGCGCGGUAUUGGAGCGGCUCCGUAUCGCCAAGUACAUGGCGAAUCGCGACAAGUGCGAGUUUGCCCAGCAAGAGUUGGAGUACUUAGGCCAUUACGUCACGCUGCAAGGCAUUCGUCCGCUCGCGGACAAGGUACAAGCCAUUCAAGAUUCGUCGGACCUCAAGUGUACUACUGACGUCCGCUCCUUUCUCGGCUUGGCAUCAUACUGCAUGCGCUUCGUCAAAGGAUUUCAACGUAUCGCUGCACCAUUGUCGCGACUUCAGUCCCCCUUGGUGCCCUUCGAGUUCAGCGACGAGGCCCGGCAUGUGUUUCACACGCUGAAGACGGCUUUGCUCCAAGCUCCCGUCUUAAGCAUCUAUGACCCGACCUUGCCUACCAAAGUGACUACGGACACUUUCGGCUAUGGCAUUGACACGGUUUUGGAACAGCAUGACGGCACGGACUGGCAUUCGGUUGAGUACUUCAGCCAAAAGGUGCCGCCCAUCAAUACUCUUGAUGACGCGAGGAAGAAGGAACAACUAGCUUUUGUCACCGUACUUAAGCGUUGGCGUCACUUUCUCCUCGGACGUCGGCAAUUCACGUGGGCAACGGACAACAAUCCGUUGACGUAUUACAAGACGCAAGACACGGUGAGCAGCACGAUCGGUCGAUGGAUGUACUUCAUUGACCAGUUCGACUUCACCUCCAAGCACAUUCCGGGCUCCUCGAACAACGCAGCGGAUGCUCUCUCACGAAGACCUGAUCUUUGCGCCUUGGUGCACUCCACAUUCGGCCUCGACGAGAACGUGCAACAGCAUUUCGUAAACGGCUACAAGUCGGAUCUGGGAUUCUCCACACUCUAUGCGGACUUAUCAUUGGAUCAACCGCCGGCAAACAACUAUCGCAUUGUCGACGGCUACUUGCUUCUUCAUACACGAGGCAAGGACUUGUUGUAUGUUCCCCGAGACCGCAUCUUGCGCACUUGCCUCCUUGGCGAAUACCAUGAUUCGCGGCUGGUGGGACACCUUGGCGUCGCAUGCACACUAGCACGACUCCGCCAGCGAUUUCACUAGUCGGACAUCAUCAGCGACGUCAACCGGUAUAUGCAGUCAUGUGCAGUUUGCCACUGGAACAAAGGGCCCCAUCAGCU